UGAGCCGCAUGCAAUGCGAAGAUUGCUAUCGCAAAUCUAUUGUCAAUCUUCGGUUAGCCGACAAAUGAUAGAUACUUUUCGUACUAGUCUGCAAGAGUACAAUACGAAUUAUCUUCCGGAGAGCAAUCCUGCGAAGAACGAAAUAACUGAAUUGCUCUUAAACCGAGAUCAACCAUUUUUGUAUUUUAUUUGGAUGGGGCAAAUAUGGAAUGUUGUCACAAAUUUUAUUGAUGGGCGACAAUCGGAGCUGGGAGGACAAUUUCCACGCUUAAUAAUUCCCAUUAUACAACGUCAAGCCGGAAUAAUCCUCUUCCACAAACGUCAUCAACGUCAAAUUUUAAGUGUUACAGACGUCAAACUAGCGAUCAAACUAUCACACAGUUCAGAAUAUGAAGAAAAAACAUAUCCAGCACAAUUUCCGGAACACAUCAGUCCACCAGAAUUACCUGAUCUCUACUCCAGCGAAGCGGAACUUCGCGAAAACCUCUUUACGACAAAAAUAAAACUGUAUUGCUGGAUAGCAUGCAACGAGCUAGAUCAUCGCGUAUUGGAAACAAUUCCGGAACGUUUGCGCGUGACCGCUACUACUUUAUAUUUCUUAAUGGAAAACCAAAUUCUGCAGCUUUUCGAAGCGGAUGUUAUACUUCAGGUGGCCUACGAAGUCAUACACGAAACAUAUGAUUUUAGAAAGAUUCAACAUCCCAGCCAUUUGGACAGUCGAGCCUUCCACGUGAUUUUCGUGUACGAAGAGUUUUACAACUAUUUCCUGGACGCAUUCAAGCUGGUCGGUCUGGAUGAGAAGCAUGUUUGCAACUAUCCGCCGCUGGAUGGCGUCCUCUUUCACAACAAGUACGCUGAAUGGAAGGAAGGAAAAGGGGACUUGAAGCAAAUUAGUUCUUGGAGAAUCUAUGAAAAUAUUCCGCAAAGGGAUGCUUAGACUAAAAGUACACUUGUUUGUUUGGCCAGUUACAUGUUAAGUUUUA